AUGUCAACUAGUUGGAAAGUGUGUUUUUUCCCCCCUUUCUCCCUCUCGUUACCCCCCCUUCUCCCUCUCGUUUCCCCCCCUCCCCCUCUCGUUUACCCCCCUUCCCCCUCUUGUUUCCCCCCCUUCUCCCUCUCAUUUCCCCCCUUGCUCACUCUCAUGUCCCCCCUUUCCCCUUCUCAUUUCCCCCCAUUCUCGCUCUCAUUUCCCCUCAUGCUCCCCAUCAUUCCCCCCCUUUCCCCCUCUCGUUUCCCUCCCAUACACUUGCUCAUUUCCCCCCCUUCUCCCUCUCAUUCCCCCCCCCCCCCCCCUGCUCCCUCUCAUCUCCCCCCCUUCUCCUUCCCGUCUCCCCCCCUUCUCCAUCUCGUUUCCCCCCCUUCUCCCUCUCAUUUCCCCCCCUUAUCCCGCUCAUUGCCCCCCUUUCUCCUUCUCAUUUCCAUCCGUUCUCCCCCUCAUUCCUCCGAUGCGCCCCCUCUUUCCCCCCUUUGUCUCCCUCUCAUUUCCCCCCCUGCUCCCUGUCAUGCCCCCCCUUUCUCCCGCUCAUUUCCCCCCUUCUCCCUCUCAUUCCCCCCCCUGCUCCCUGUCAUGUCCUCUCUUUCUCUCGAUCAAUUCCCCCCUUCUCCCGCUCAUUUCGUCGCCUAUCGAGAGGCCGCGCCUCCCGAAAUGCGGCAUUGCCCUGCCGCACAGGUUCCACACAAUGCAUUACCCCUUCCCCUCCCUGCAUUACCCUUCCCCUCCCUGCAUUACCCUUCCCCUCCCUGCAUUACCCUUCCCCUCCCUGCAUUACCCUUCCCCUCCCUGCAUUACCCUUCCCCUCCCUGCAUUACCCUUCCCCUCCCUGCAUUACCCUUCCCCUCCCUGCAUUACCCUUCCCCUCCCUGCAUUACCCUUCCCCUCCAUGCAUUACCCUUCCCCUCCCUGCAUUACCCUUCCCCUCCAUGCAUUACCCUUCCCCUCCCUGCAUUACCCAUCCCCUCCCUGCAUUACCCUUCCCCUCCCUGCAUUACCUAUCCCCUCCCUGCAUUACCCUUCCCCUCCCUGCAUUACCCUUCCCCUCCCUGCAUUACCCUUCCCCUCAUUGCAUUACCCUUCCCCUCCCUGCAUUACCCUUCCCCUCCCUGCAUUACCCUUCCCCUCCCUGCAUUACCCUUCCCCCCUCUUUUUCACAAUCCUCCUGCCUUACCCUCUUUUCCCCUCUCCUGCUGCCUUUCUCUCUUUUCAGCUCUCUUCUUACCUUACCUCAUUUCCCCUCUCUUCCAGCCCUUCCCACUUUUCUGCAAUCUUCCUGCCUUUCCCUCUUUUUUCCUCUCUUCCCCAUCUCCCACUCUUGUCACCAAACCUCUGUGUCCCACCUAA